CUUUUCUAGAUACCCGUUACACAUCAUCAGUUACCAACGUCCGCCACACACGUAUCAUUUUAAAAGAUAAUAUCAACGACUGACAGCAUGGUGGUAUGAACAAAGACGCCAAACAUGUUAUUUCAUAAAUCGAUCCAAAUCUUGUGACAAUAGCACAAAAGAAAGCACAUAAAGACAUCUUACAACACUAUGAGACGCACUGACUUCAAAGGGGAGAACAUAAUAAAUAGGAAUAAGCAACUUGUCAAACACGAUGACAGCAAACCCGGCUGGUUUAUGAUGCCACGUUAAAAUCAAAGCGGAAUUAUGCCGACCGAAGAAUGGGCCACAGAUGAACCGUUGUACAAUGACAGCUUUAGUACAUUCACCGAAAAUAACCACACGAACGCCACCGACCCCAUCGAGGACAAAGCAAUCCAGGCGGCGUUUUGCGUCGCUUACACCAUCAUAUUCGUCGUCGGCAUCUUUGGAAACGCCCUAGUAUGCUACGCCGUCAUCCGAAACAGAGCUAUGCAAACCGUCACUAACCUCUUCAUCACGAACCUCGCAUUAUCAGACAUAUUGCUCUGCGUAUUUGCAGUACCGUUUACACCUCUUUACACUUUCCUAGGAAGAUGGGUCUUCGGCGGCUUGCUAUGCCAUAUCAUGCCGUACGCUCAAGGAUGCAGCGUCUACAUUUCCACUCUAACUCUCACUUCAAUAGCUAUAGAUAGAUUCUUCGUUAUCAUCUACCCUUUCAAGCCGCGGAUGAAAAUCAAAACUUGCAUUGGUCUCAUCAUCUUCAUCUGGGUUUUUGCUCUAUCAGUCACAUUCCCGUACGGCUACUACAUGGCCUUGCAAGACGUUUACUGUGCCGAACAAUGGCCGUCGGAUCAAAUACGAAAAGCUUUUGGGGCUGUCACCACUAUAAUGCAAUUCGUCCUACCAUUUAUUGUCAUGGCAUUUUGCUACACAUGCGUCAGCGUAAAACUGAACGACCGCUUAAAAUCUAGACCAGGAAGUAAAAACAGUAAGAAAGAAGACGCAGAAAGAGAACGAAAGAGAAGAACGAACAGGAUGCUUAUAGCAAUGGUGGCCAUCUUCGGAUUGUCGUGGCUGCCGUUGAACUUGAUAAACAUCAGCAGUGACUUCUACUCGUUAGCCGAAGACUGGACUUAUUACAUGGUGUUAUUUUUCGUUGCGCACUUCAUAGCUAUGUCUUCCACUUGCUAUAAUCCGUUCUUGUACGCGUGGUUGAAUGAGAACUUUAGGAAGGAGUUUAAGCAGAUACUGCCUUGUUUAGGGGCGUUAGUGACCAAGAAGUCUAAGCGAAAAUUUAACCAGUCGGAGAGAACGGGUGCGUUUCGUUCGGAGAAGACCUGUAAUGGGAACGAGACGGUCCAAGAGUCGCUUCUGACGUCAACAGUGAACAAAAUGCCGUCGGUUAGAUACAAAAUCGAAUUUAAUGAUAACCUGAAGGAAUUUGAUGAUGAGGGCAUUGAGAAUAUUAGCCCGGACGAGAAGCCCGAGGGCAAUCCAAGUCCUAACGAAGACUGCGUUAAUAUGUACAUGUUUGUUGAUAAGUCCGUCGUAACUUCGGAUAAGGAGCCCAUCGUGUCGGCGCUAUAACUUCAUGGCGUUUUCCAUUCGAGUGACUGCGGCAUCAACUUGGAUGAUUUCAAUAAUUUUAAUUUAACCUCAUUUGCAUUUAUAACAAUAGAGUUUAACACAGUGAGUUUACUCUGGAGUUUAAUCAUAAAUGUAUGUACCCGUAUAUUUAAAAAAAAUCAGCACGAAAUCUAUCUAAUAAAUUCCCUAAAAAUGCAUCUUCUAACUUCCUGUUAGUUUUUAAGGGCAACCCCUUACCACCCUGUAGAUAAUAUUUAACUAUCUGGUUCUGCUAAAAGAUGAGUAAGAUAGAUGAACAUCGAAAUAAUUGUUUGAACGAUGUAAACCGUUAUUAGUUUAAAAUACAAUCACCAGUGUUCGUCUCUUAUGUAAAGAGUAAGAUCAUUUCUUAUUUCCUUGAUUAUAAAAAUAUCAAAGUAUGUAGGUAUGUACCCAACAUCAUCAUAAUAUUAAUAACAUUGUAUCAAAUUCACUAAUUUCUAAUGCACUCUACAUAUACAUUGUAUAUACAUAUAAGACCGCCAUGAGAGAUCAGUGUAACAUAUAAAUGUUAUGUUCCUAUUAUCUGAAAGUAUCUAAUGUAACAUAUAGUUUUAAGUUAUUUAGCUUUGUAAAUAAAUCAUCAUUGACGUUGUAAAAAGCUAGUAAGUAAGAUUUUUCUAGUAAAUAAGUGUGUAAAUAAAGUAAAAAAGUGCUUACAUCAAUUUAAAGUUCGGAAUGAACUGUGAGCCCAUUGGUGGAAGUACUUUUGCGAUACCUAGGUUAGAACUAGAUUUAAACUAUGCUAAAACUAUUUUUGUAAAUGUAAAUG